AGUUAGUGACCCUCAGAUCUUUACGCUUUGUUAUUUGUUUUUUACUUUUUCCAAUCAGAUCGAUCUCUACUUCUCGGCUCCACUCACCGGGCCUCGGCCGGACGAUUUACUUUCGACGGCGCCGGACAUACAACUACCGGAAACGGACAUUGUCGUGUUGUGUAGAUUCGGAACAAACGCUGUUUGGCAGUUGAGGAAAGGAGGACAAAUCAAAGCGAAUUGCGAAGGUGGAGAAGGCAAACGAGAGGAGAAGGAGGAGGAUUAGGCAAGGGAGGAAGAGAUGAAGGGUGGUAUACUUCCGGCGAAGAGGCGAUGGAAAGGUUUGGUAAUUGCGGUGUUGGGUCUCGUUUUACUUUCAUUGCUCGUGCCUCUAGUGUUUCUGCUUGGCCUCCAUAACGGUUUUCACUCUUCGGGAUAUACAACACCACAACAAAGUUCAGCUUCAGUGGGACUUAGAAUCUACGGUCGACAUUAUACUCCUAAGAUUGAGAAUCAGUCGGAGGAUGAUGAAUCAACACAUGUGGAUGACCUAAUGCAAAGAUUGGAACCAACUUUUCCCAAGGAUUUUGGGGAAAAUAUUGUUGUCGGGAAAGCGGAGAACAAGACUGCUGGAUUUCCUUUGUUGGAUGGAUUGCCCAAAGAACGCUUAGGCGUAAAUAGCACAGGUGUUGGCGACUUAACCAAAAAAAGACACAGCACAGGUGUCGGUGACUUGGCAAAUACAAAGCAGAGCACAGGUGCUGGUGACUUGGCAAAAGCAAAGCAGAGCACUGCUGUUGGUGAGUUGGGAAAAAAAGAGCAGAGCACAGAUGUUGGUGACUUGGGAAAAACAAAGCAGAGCACAGGUGUUGGUGACUUGGCAAAAGCAAAGCAGACCACGGGUGUUGGUGACUUGGCAAAAGCAAAGCAGAGCACAGGUGUUGGUGACUUGGCAACAGCAAAGCAGAGCAUAGGUGCUGGUGACUUGGGAAAAAAAAAGCAGAGCACCAAUGUUGGUUCUACGCCUGGUGCCACCGAGAAUAUCAGAGACAUUGAUGAGGGUGAGAAAUUAUGUGAGCUAAAAUUUGGGAGCUACUGUUUGUGGCGUCGCAAUCACAAGGAGAAAGUGAAUGAUUUCACUGUUAGAAAGAUGAAAGACUUGUUGUAUGUGGCUCGGGCAUAUUACCCUAGCAUCGCGAAGCUUCCGGCUCUUGACAAGCUGUCACAUGAAAUGAAGCAAAACAUUCAAGACUUUGAGCGGGUGCUUAGUGUAACUACGGUGGACAAAGAUCUUCCUCCUCUGACUGAUCAGAAGCUACCUAAGAUGGAAUCUGUAAUUGCUCAAGCAAAGGCAUGCCGCGUAGAUUGCAGUAAUGUAGACAAGAAAUUCAGACAACUAGUAGAUCUUACUGAAGAUGAAGCUACUUUCCAUAUGCGACAGAGUGCCUUCCUCUACCAACUAGCUGUUCAAACCAUGCCCAAGAGUCAUCAUUGCCUGUCAAUGCGAUUAACUGUAGAGUAUUUUAGAGACCCUCCUCCUGAUAUUGAUCAGUCAUUGGUAGAGAGACUUUUGAAUCCAGAUCUUCACCACUUCGUUAUUUUCUCCAGCAAUGUGCUAGCAUCGUCUGCUGUAAUUAACUCCACCGUAACACAUGCAAAAGAAAGUGAGAAUCAAGUAUUUCAUGUGGUAACAGAUAAACAGAAUUACUUUGCCAUGAAGUUAUGGUUCUCGAGGAAUAAGUAUAUGGAGGCGACAGUUGAGGUGUUGAAUAUUGAAGAUCAUAAGCUGGUAAAUAAUAAGGCAUCAAUGUCUAUUCAUCUUUCCUUGCCUGAAGAAUAUCGUGUCUCCUUCCACAAGGUUGAUGGGCCGCCAACAACAGAAUACCUGUCUGUUUUUUCGCAUUCCCAUUAUCUUCUUCCUGAGAUAUUCCCUAGUUUGAAGAAAGUCGUUGUCUUGGAUGAUGACAUUAUUGUGCAAAGAGACUUGUCAGUCUUAUGGGGCAUCAAUAUGGACGGGAAAGUGAAUGGUGCGGUUCAGUGCUGCUCAGUUAGACUGAUUCAACUGCAGAAACUUUUUGCUGACAAGAGAUUGGAUGAAACAUCUUGUGCUUGGAUGUCUGGAUUAAAUGUUAUUGAUCUAGUGAGGUGGAAGGAACAAGAUAUUUCUGGAACAUAUCUGAAGUUGGUAACAGAGAUGAAUUCAGAAGAGGCUGUUGCAUUGCGUGCAAGCUUGCUUACUUUUCAGGGUGAAGUUUACGCUCUUGAUGAUAAGUGGGUAUUAUCAGGACUGGGUUAUAACUAUGGAGUUGAUAUUGAAACUGUGAAGAAUGCGAAAGUACUGCAUUAUAAUGGUAACAUGAAACCUUGGCUUGAGUUGGGCAUCCGUGAUUAUACAGUUUCCUGGCGGAAGUUCCUAAACCAGGAAAAUCAGUUUUUAAGUGAUUGCAAUAUUAACUAGUAUAUUAUGGGCUAAUACCUGCAUUUGCUGCUGAAGUUUCAUGAAGGUAUGGGUGACAAAGUUUGCACAAGUUUUCCUGUUUGUGAUCUUGUGUAGAACCGUAUCUGAGGUAGGGGUACUGAGUAUAAUUUGGUGUGUAUAUCUCUAUUGUUUGGUUAAUGAAGGAAAUUUGUUUAACCUCGAGGCAAUGCAAGAGUGAUGCAUAAUACUUGUCAGUGAUGGAUUGAUAGUAAGGCAUGGACAACUUUUAAUGGGUUAGGCAUACACCUUCAUCGGCUAUUUUUUGUUGGGAGCUGUUAGCAUAUGAGGAGAUUGCCCGAAACUCUCUCUGAAGAGCUGGAUAUCAACUUUGCCUCCUAUGAAUCUUGUAUACAUGCAUACCUUGGGUUAAAUAUAGUUCUCCUGAAAUCAGGUGACGAGUACUUGGACCCUUGCCUCACCUGUGAUGACCAUCUUGGAUCCGCUGUGAUGUGUGAUAUUGCCAUUGACACGUUCAGUGAAUUCUUCCUUGUAGAAUUGGGUCUUUUUUGAAAUACAUUCUUUCUUAGCAUUGAUCAGGCAUCUCAUUGUUUUUAACCUUUGCACUAUAGCUACUGGAGAACUGCCAUUGCUGCUAAAAUAUAUUUAGUGUUAAACAUAAUACAAUAUUGUUUACCUUAAUAACUUUUUUUUGACGAACA